AUGUCUGCAGCUCCUUCCACACCGCAGGCCAAGAACCAGGCCAAAAAGAAGAUGCUCAUGACCGACACCCAGCACGCCGUAGUGCGUCUGCACCCAGGCACCCAGCUGGAGAGCGCUUUCCGGGUCCAUCUCAUGACCGAGAGCCUUGCGGAAGCGAAUCUGAAGACCGGCGACAUCUGCGAGAUCUCGAGCGACGAUGGGACGCUGGGUUAUGGUAUCGCGUGGAGGGCUGAUGAUCGUGCUGGGAAUCGACCAAAGACCAGGCCGGCGAAGAUGACGGAGACAUUCAAGAAUGCAUUCGGCUUUCUCGAUGGGUCCAGAGUCACUGUCUCUCAGACCGACGCCAAGGUCUAUCCUGCCGAGCGAAUGGUCCUGUCAGAUGUCACGCCACCCGAGUUCAACAGUUCAGACGACUUGGAUGCUGGCAAGUGGGAGAUCAGAGUGAAGAGUCUAUUCGUUAGUUGCGAGGCUUUGGCUCCUGGUGUCACUUUUGAAGUUUCAGGAAGCAGAGUCAAGAGCAGGAAGCGAUUCUACAUCGACAGCAUCGACUCCAGGGACGCCCCUGCCGACAGCCCAUCAUUGUUCUCUUUUGAAAGCAACACCGAUAUCAGCUUCCCAGGAGGUAUCGCGGUGGCGCCUACCGCCAUGUCUCAGCCCCGUCAAAAUGAAGGCUCGAACACACCUAACGGGACCGUCAACGGCAUCAUGUCCAACGGCACGAACGGAGGGCGAUCGCUGGCUCCCUCUCCAGCUCCUCCCACACGGUCCCUCUACCAGCUGAAUACUGAACGAAUUGGCGGCUUGCUGAAAGAGUGCGAAAAACUGAACGCGCGGCUCCAGUGGCUAUUGUCGACGGCGGAAGAGCUGAACUGUGCUCGCAAUCGUGUGCCUAACCAUCCGAUCUUGCUCCAUGGGUACGAGGGAACUGGCAAAACGCUGCUGCUUGACCGACUCGCUGAGGCACCGUUUCGCAAAGUGGUUCGCCUUGACCGAGCUAAGCUUCCUGGAGGUACAAUCUCUGCCAACAAGAAGUUUAUAAGAGAUACUUUCGCAGAAGCAGUCAACGAGCAGCCAUCUCUUAUGAUUCUGGACAACCUGGAUCAACUAGUUCCCACCGACGAUGCGCACUACUACUCUGACGUCCUUGGGCCCGAGCUCAAGAACCUGAGGAAGCCCGGCAUGCGAGUCAUGGUAGUCGCAGCAGCAAAGAGCCCGACGAGCAUUCAUCCCUCUCUACUUGGCCCUCAAGGGUUCAACUUCUCGAUCGCACUGCCUAUUCCGAAUCUAGAGGCAAGAGAGCAGAUCUUGAACGUGCUGCAGGAGAAACCGACAUAUACGAAGAAUCCCCUUUCCACCAUCAUUGCGGAACGAACCCAUGGAUAUACCGCAAAAGAUGUAGCCGCUCUCCACGAUCUUGCUGUCAACCACGCCUUCGAUCGCUUUUGGCAUGAAUGUGCGGAGCAGGCGAUGAGCCGAUCGCCGACACCACCAGCGUACGAUGACAUUGUGCCGCGACUUGACGGAUCUUCCGCAGCUCCAAGCACACCUAGGUCGCAGCCUUCACCGGAGCCGACACUCAAAGAUUUCGAGAUUGCGCUUCAAGAAAUCAAACCGGCUGCUCUCCGCGAAAUCUUCACUGAGAAGCCCAAGACGAAGUGGACCGACAUUGGCGGUUCGGACAGCGUCAAGGAACGAUUCGACGAGGCUAUUGAAUGGCCACUACGACACGGAGACCUCAUUCAAAAGCUCGGCAUCCAAAUGCCUAAAGGUGUCUUGCUCUAUGGUCCUCCAGGAUGCUCCAAGACGCUCACCGCGCAAGCCGUCGCCAACACCUACAACUUGAACUUCAUUGCCAUCAAGGGUGCCGAGCUCAUUAGCAUGUAUGUGGGCGAAUCUGAGCGAGCAGUGCGUGAAAUCUUCAGCAAAGCCAGGCAAGCAGCACCCUGCGUGAUCUUUUUCGACGAGAUAGACGCUAUUGGCUCUGAGCGCGACAGUACCGGAACGAAGGGUUUGAAUGUCCUCACCACGCUCCUGAACGAGAUGGACGGGUUCGAAGCGCUGGAGAGGGUGUUCAUCCUCGCCGCCACCAACAAACCAACUUCACUCGAUCCCGCAUUACUGCGCCCAGGGCGCUUCGAUAGCCACGUGUACGUGGGCCCACCCAACGAGAUAGCGCGCAAGGAGAUAAUCAUGCUCUCCACGCGCGGCGCUACCCUGGCCAAGGACGUGAACUUCGACACCCUGGCCGCGGAGCUCGAGGGCUGGUCGGGCGCCGAGAUUGUGAGGAUUUGUCAGAAUGCAAAGUUCCCUGACCUCAGGAGAAGGCUGAAAGGUGAGGAGGAUACGCGCGUGACGGCGGCGGACUUUGCGAGCGCGCGCGCGGCGGUGAGCAAGGGUAUCACGCCCGAGAUGUUGGAGGAGUUUGAAGCGUUCACUUCGAGGUUAUCCCAGGAAUAG